AUGGAACAGCAACAGAUUAUGCUACUCCGCAACCUAUUCCCCUUCCAAAUCACAACCACCUCACUCACAUACCUGGGAAUUAAACUAUCCCUCCGACUCACGGACCUCUACGAUCUUAACUACAAACCACUAUUGGCAACAGCCCAUUCUGACCUCCAGCGCUGGGAAGUACUGGGA